UUUUAAAUGAACAAUUAUACCACAACUACAGACAAAAAAAGAAAAUCGCUUUUUGGUUUUAGCAUUAAAUUAAAAUCAUUUUCCUCAUCAACUAACAACGAAUUAUUACAACGUAACAAACGACACAACAGUGUUAAUUAUUCAAAUUUUGCAUUUUCACUAAUAAAUAGAGAUGAGGAGGAAAUAGAGACAAUAGAAAAUGAAAGAGACGGCGAGAAUUUCCGGUCAGAUUCCGGAAAUGAAUUUAUAGCACAUCAGGAGAAUAUGGGAGAGUUAGAACCGGAAGACAAGCAGAGAAAUAAUAAUAAACAACCUUUCCGGUUAGCUUCCGGAAAAUACAACAACAAAGAGAAAAAGGUCGAAGAAACCGGAAAAGAAAACGGAUUAGAGAAACAGAAAAAUAACAACAAUAAUUAUACACAAAGUUUCCGGUCGAUUUCCGGAAAUAAAAAUAAUUCCCACCAUAAUCAUGGUUCAGUACAGAAUUUAGUUAUUAGACGACAAAGGGCUGCAGCUGCUUCAACAACUAAGCGUUUUCUUCCACAGGGGCUUACACAAUUGUCUCGACGACCUUCAGUGCCAUCAUCAUCUCCUUUAUCAAUUGUUGGACGUCUACGGAAAAGUAACUAA